UGGGUUCAACGCAUACGAAUGACGAUCUGCGUCACCUUAAAAUCAGUGCACAAUCAACAGCGGUUUGAAAACAAAAAAUUAAAAGCUACAUAAUCAUGUCCAACGGAUUCGUGCGCAGCAGCUACAAAUUGUUCGUCGGCAACCUGCCGUGGACGAUAAGCAGCAAGGAGCUGCGAACCUACUUCUCGAAAUACGGACACGUGGCCAACGCGGAGGUGGUCUUCGACCGGCAAAUGGGCCUGUCCAAGCACUAUGGCUUCGUGGUGUUCAGCCAGCGGGAUGCCUUCAACAGCGCCAGCAACCAGAACACCCACUUCCUGGAGGGACGGGUGCUCACAGUGCAGCAGGCCAAUGAAAGUCCUCAGAGCUAAUAGAUUAUGAAUUUAUUGAUUUAUUGGUUAGACCGAAAGGAAAGUAUGAGAAAUAUCUGUUAAGCAGCUUAGUUGUACAGAAAUGAAUGGAGCACUUGUUUCAAAA